ACUCGCUCUGCGCGAAGCUGACAAACCGUGCAGCCACCAACAGCAGCAAUACCGGUACAACCUUUCUGCCAUCCAUUUCGCGGAAUAUCGCAAGCACUCUGCUCCGACCGGUCGAGUCUCUCAAAAACUUUCCCCCCCUCUCCCACCACGAUAAUCACGAUUGAGUCGCCCUCCGUGUCGCGGCGUCCUUUUCUUUGCAACAUCUACACCUCGCAUACGCAAGCCGACCGUCAUAACCUACUAAAGGCCACAACCCCGAGCGACACCUCCCACCGCCACCGAGAACCCUCCCCGCCCGAGAGUAGCCGUUCUGCUGUCUAGCAUGCAUUGACAGGCGGGAUUGGGGAACCGCAGAUAGCAAUUCGUCAUGGACUAUUCCGACCACUCGUCGCAGCGCGUCUUGCAUACGGGAUCCUUCACAGGAUUCCACCGCCUGGGGCAGCUCGGCAGCAAUUACCUCUCUGCGACCGCAGUCUACAAGCAGCCGCUGUGCGGUAACGAGGAGGGUUGGGGCCCAUUGAGUCCCAUCCGCUACGACUUCACACCUUGCUUCAUCGAUGUUUGGAUAGCUUCCGUGGCCGUCUUUGGCGUUGUCUUCGGAUCUUUCGCGAUAGCUUGGCUCCUCCAGCACAAGAAGCCCACGGACGCUCCCAAGGACUGGCACUUUUGGGUUAAGCAAACGCUUCUCGGGCUCAUCAUCGCCGAUGUCACAGUACAGCUUGCCAUACAGAUAAUCAGCUACCGCGGUAUCUGGUUCGGCGACUUCAGGUUCUGGACGACCGCGGCCACCAUCCUCUCUCUUGGCGUCGUUUUCGCCAUCCAAUGGAUUGAGCACUCCCGGCUGCGCAACGCCAACGGCGUUGUCUUGUUCUACUGGCUCUUCCUUCUGAUCGCCUACGCCGUCAAGUUCCGCUCUCUGAUCUCGCAGCAGCUUUACGACACGAACCGGGCUUACUUCAUCACUUACAGCGUCGGCUUCGGCCUGUCCAUCGCCGAGUUUCUGAUCGAGUGGCUGUGGCCGAGGAAGGUCAGCGCAUACGAGGCUUUGAUCGACGAGGAAGAAUGUCCGAUUGAAUACGCCACCGUGUUUUCCCUGUUAACCUUCUCGUGGAUGACUCCCCUGAUGCGCUACGGAUACAAGCAGUAUCUGACCGAAGAUGACCUAUGGGGGCUUGCUAAGAAGGACCAGACCAAAAACACCGGGGAGGCCUUCAACCAAGCCUGGGAGUACGAGCUGAAGCACCACAAGAACCCGUCUUUGUGGCUCGCCCUGUUCCGUGCCUAUGGUGGCCCUUACGCGAUAGCCGCGCUCUUCAAAAUCGUCAAUGACGUCACCCAGUACAUCCAGCCACAGCUUCUUAAGUACCUCAUUGCUUUCGUGAACUCCCGGAACGAAGCCGGCGAGGAGGAUCAGCCUGUGGUCCAGGGCGCCGCCAUUGCCUUGGCCAUGUUCGCGAUUGCCGUCUUGCAGACCUCCAUGAUUCAUCAAUAUUUCCAGCUUGCUUUCGUCACCGGCAUGCGUAUCAAGGGCGGUCUGGCAUCCGCCAUUUACAAAAAGUCCAUGAGGUUGUCCAAUGAGGGUCGCGCUUCCAAGUCAACUGGCGAUAUCGUGAACUACAUGGCCGUUGACGCGCAACGUCUGCAGGAUCUGACCCAGUUUGCCCAGCAAGCGUGGUCCGCCCCUUUCCAGAUCAUAAUCUGCAUGGUGUCUCUCUACCAACUGGUAGGCUGGUCCAUGCUUGCUGGCAUCGGCGUUAUGGUCAUCAUGAUGCCUGCGCAUGGUUUCAUUGCCAGGAUCAUGAGGAACCUACAGAAGGAGCAGAUGAGAAACAAGGAUAAGAGGAGCCGUCUGAUCAACGAGAUCAUCAACAACAUGAAGAGCAUCAAGCUCUACGCCUGGGGCGCUGCUUUCAUGAACAAGCUCAACUUUGUCCGCAAUGACCUCGAACUCAAGAACCUGCGCAAGAUUGGGGCGACACAGGCCUUUGCCAACUUCACGUGGAGCACCGCGCCUUUCUUCGUCUCUUGUUCGACUUUUGCUGUGUUCGUCUUGACGCAGGACAAGCCGUUGACCGCAGAUAUUGUUUUCCCCGCCCUCACCCUCUUCAACUUGCUUACGUUCCCCCUGGCUGUUCUCCCCAUGGUCAUCACCUCUAUCGUUGAGGCCAGCGUCGCCGUUGGUCGCUUGACUUCUUUCCUGACCGCCGAGGAGAUCCAACCCGAUGCAAUCACGAUCAAGCCGGCGCCUGAGGAGAUUGGAGAGGAGACCGUCAUCAUCCGAGAUGGAUCUUUCUCCUGGAAUCGCCACGAGGACAAGGAGGCCCUCAGGGACAUUGAUUUCACUGCCUACAAGGGAGAGUUGUCUUGCAUUGUCGGACGCGUUGGCGCUGGCAAGUCUUCCUUCUUGCAGUGCAUUCUGGGCGACCUCUGGAAAGUCAAGGGACUGGUGGAAGUCCAUGGAACUACGGCCUAUGCUUCUCAGGGCACCUGGAUCCUGAACGCCACGGUUAAGGAGAACAUCAUCUUCGGCUACCGCUAUGAUCCCGAUUUCUACGAAAAGACUGUCAGGGCUUGCGCCCUCGUCGAUGACUUUGCUCAACUCCCCGAUGGCGACGAGACCGUUGUAGGUGAAAGAGGUAUCUCAUUGAGUGGCGGUCAGAAGGCGCGUGUGGCCCUGGCCCGCGCCGUCUAUGCCAGGGCGGACAUCUACCUCUUGGACGACGUCCUUUCGGCCGUCGACUCCCAUGUGGGACGACACAUCAUCGAGAAUGUCCUGGGCCCUAGAGGUCUGCUGAGCACCAAGACCCGAAUCCUUGCGACCAACGCCAUCGCCGUGCUCGGACAGGCCAGUUACAUCACCAUGAUCAGGAAUGGCGAGAUCGUCGAGCGUGGAACCUACAAACAGCUCGUGGCUAUGAAGGGCAUGGUGAACGACCUCAUCAAGACUGCCGGACAAGAAUCGGACCCGUCCUCCUCGGCAAGUUCGAGCGGUUCCAGCAGCGAGACCUCGACCGUCAUCGAGGUCGAGGGUAGCAGCCAAGAGAAGUCCGAGUUGGAAGAGUCCCAAGAGCAGCUCCUGGAAAUGGAGCCCAUCAAAACCGCCGCCUCCAUGAAGAACAAGAAGCGGUCUUCGAGCAUGGCCACUCUGCGUCGCGCUAGCACCGCCAGUUUCAAAGGUCCCCGUGGCAAGCUUACCGACGAAGAAGUCGCUGGCAGCAAGUCCAAGCAGGCCAAGGAACACGUUGAGCAAGGAAAGGUCAAGUGGAACGUCUACUUCGAGUACGCCAAGAACAGCAACAUCGUUGCUGUCGCAGUCUACAUGAUCGCUCUGUUGGCCUCCCAGACGGCCCAAAUUGGUGGUUCCGCGUGGCUCAAGACGUGGUCCGAAGGAAAUUCAAAAGCAGGUGGCAACUUGCACGUGGGCUACUACAUCGGCAUCUACUUCGCCUUCGGCAUCGGCUCCUCGCUUUUGACGGUCCUCCAGACGCUUAUUCUGUGGAUCUUUUGCUCCAUCGAGGCUUCAAGGAAGCUGCACGAGAGGAUGGCCAACGCCAUCUUCAGGUCCCCCAUGUCCUUCUUCGACACCACGCCGACGGGUCGCAUCCUCAACCGAUUUUCCAGUGACAUCUACAGGGUCGACGAGGUACUUGCCAGGACUUUCAACAUGCUCUUCGUCAAUGGUGCCCGCUCCUGCUUCACCCUGGCCAUCAUUUCAGUCACGUGGCCUCCGUUUACUGCGCUCAUCAUCCCCAUCAUCCUCAUCUACUACUGGAUCCAGCGAUACUACCUCCGCACUUCUCGCGAGCUCAAGAGACUCGAUAGUGUCACCAAGAGCCCCAUCUACGCCCACUUCCAAGAGUCUCUCGGAGGUAUCUCGACGAUUCGGGCCUACCGUCAGCAGCAGAGAUUCGAGCUCGAGAACGAGUGGCGUGUUGAUGCCAACCUCAAGGCCUACUUCCCGUCCAUCAGCGCAAACCGUUGGCUGGCUGUCCGCCUCGAGUUCAUCGGUGCCCUGGUCAUUGUCUCGGCUGCGGGGGGUAUCGUCUCCACCUCUGCGAGCGGCACUUUCAUAAGCGCGGGCAUGGUCGGUCUCGCCAUGUCCUACGCGUUGCAGAUUACGACGUCGCUCAACUGGAUCGUGCGCCAGACGGUCGAGGUGGAGACGAACAUCGUGUCGGUCGAGCGUGUUCUCGAAUACGCCCGUCUGCCCAGCGAGGCCCCUGAGAUCAUCAAGGGCAGCAGGCCACCCGUCGCCUGGCCAUCCCAAGGCUCUCUCGAACUGAAGAACUACAGCACCCGCUACCGCGAGGGCUUGGAUAACGUGUUGAAGAACAUCAACUUGGAUAUUAAGUCGCAUGAGAAGAUUGGCGUCGUCGGCCGCACGGGAGCGGGUAAGUCUUCGCUGACUUUGGCCCUCUUCCGCAUCAUCGAGCCGACUGCUGGCCACAUCAGCAUCGACCAGAUCAACACUUCCUCUAUCGGACUACUGGACCUGCGUAGAAGACUGGCCAUCAUCCCACAGGACGCCGCCCUGUUCGAGGGCACAGUUCGGGACAACCUGGACCCCGCCAACGUGCAUGAUGACACGGAGCUCUGGAGCGUGUUGGAACACGCCCGGUUGAAGGACCACGUGUCGAGGAUGGAAGGCGGCCUAGACGCAAAGAUCCAUGAAGGAGGUUCCAACCUCUCGCAGGGUCAGCGGCAGCUCGUAUCGCUCGCUCGUGCGCUGCUGACGCCGUCCAACAUUCUCGUGCUGGACGAGGCGACGGCGGCCGUCGACAUCGAGACGGAUGCCAUGCUGCAGGCGACGUUGCGGUCGCCGCUGUUCGCGAACCGCACCAUCAUCACGGUCGCGCAUCGCAUCAACACCAUCCUCGACAGCGACCGCGUCGUCGUGCUGGACAAGGGCGAGGUGGUGGAGUUUGACAAGCCCCAGGAGCUCAUCAAGAAGCGGGGCGUCUUUUACGGGUUGGUCAAGCAGGCCGGUCUUGAUACCUCGGAGUCGUCCUAGCAGUAGGAUGGACCGACAAGACCGUUGGUCGGACGGCGGCGGGCGCCAAAAAGAAGCCUGUGCGACUGAAGAAGACGGUGAAGGGGGACGUAUUGGCAGUGGCGGAGGCGGGGGGGGCGAGGCAAGAGAGAAAACGGGAGAGCAUAUGUGUGCUUGUGUAACCACACGAUGUUUUUUUAUCCUUUUGGGAACUAGAAUGCACUGGCUGUGGGCGAGCCCCGGUAAAAAGAGGGUGUGUGUGAUCUUUGGGUGGGAUGGCGUGGAUUUGUAGAUGAUAGAAAGGAUAUUUUGUGCAUACACCGGCAUCGUUGUAGAAGUACCCGCAAGGAUCUUGAAGCCAUUGUAGAUCUACAUCCGCCAUACGCCUGCGCCAUUCGUGUAGAGAGGGUGAGGAAAGACGGGCUCGGCGCCGAGGGAGUUGAGAUGCCGUCUGACGGCGACAAGAUCGAACCCCUCCCCCCCCCUCCCCCCC